AUGGAUAAUUAUCAGAGAAUAGAAAAAGUCGGAGAGGGUACUUAUGGUGUGGUCUACAAAGCCCGUGACUUGGGCCACAGCGGUCGCAUCGUCGCCCUCAAAAAGAUUCGCCUAGAGACCGAAGACGAGGGUGUCCCUAGCACCGCCAUCCGCGAGAUCUCCGUCUUGAGGGAGCUUAACCACGCAAAUGUUGUCAGUCUUCUUAAUAUCGUUCACGCAGACGGACACAAGCUUUAUCUCGUCAUGGAGUUUCUCGACCUGGAUCUCAAAAAGUACAUGGAUUCCCUGCCAGUCACCGACGGAGGUCGCGGGAAGCCCCUGCCCACUGGAACCGCCACUACUGUCCGCAACCUGGGAAUGAGCGACAAGGUUGUCGAAAAGUUCAUGCUUGAUCUGUGCCAGGGCAUCAAGUAUUGCCACUCGCGUCGGAUAUUGCAUCGCGACUUGAAGCCCCAGAACUUGCUUAUUGACAAGGACGGAAACCUCAAGUUGGCUGAUUUUGGUCUGGCCAGAGCUUUUGGUGUUCCCUUGAGAAGUUAUACUCACGAGGUUGUCACUCUGUGGUACCGAGCUCCCGAGGUUUUGCUAGGUGGGCGACAGUAUUCCACUGGUGUCGAUAUGUGGUCUGUCGGUACCAUUUUCGCUGAGAUGUGUUCCCGAAAACCUUUGUUCCCUGGCGAUUCUGAGAUUGACGAGAUUUUCAAGAUCUUCCGAACCCUUGGAACACCCGACGAAGACGCAUGGCCCGGCGUCACUGCCUAUCCCGACUUCAAACCCUCUUUCCCCAAGUGGCAGCGCGACUUUUCCACUCCUCUGUGCCCCAACUUGAACGAGCAAGGUCUGGAACUGCUCGACUACUUGCUCAUCUGCGACCCCGUUACUCGCAUUUCAGCCAAAGCAGCCCUGAAUCACCCUUACUUUGACGAGAUCCUUGGACGCAGUCAAGAAGAAUAA